AUGGAUCUUGAUUUGAAAGGGGUACAUGUCUUGGUUACUGGCGCUAGCGGCGGAAUUGGUCUUGAUAUUACGCGAAUCUUUCUAGAACAAGGAGCAAAUGUAACCGCUCAUUUCCGGAGCAGCGAUGCCACUCUUCAACCUCUUCGUGAAGUGUACGACUUUGAACGUCUUCGCACAGCCCGGGCUUCCUUGUCCCAUGAGCCUGACGUGCAGGUCCUCCUAGACUCGAUCUCAUCAUCCAACAGUUCCUUCGGUCCUGUAGAGAUCCUGAUCGUGAACCAUGGCGCAUAUACCUCUGCCGAUGUUCCGCUUCAGGACAUGACACUUCAACAAUGGAACGACACGAUGAAUGGAAACCUGACAUCCUCAUUUCUAGUGGCGAGAGAGUAUCUCCGCGGGCUAUCAAGGGGAAUCAUGAGCCGCGGUAAGGGGGCGCGCUUUGGGGAACGCGCUGCGAUCAUAUUGGUGGGAAGUACGGCGGGGAAGUACGGCGAAGCAGGACACGCCGACUAUUCUGCGUGCAAAAGUGCUAUCAUGUAUGGCCUUACGAUGUCAUUGAAAAACGAAAUCGUUAAAAUAGCACCAAACGCACGAGUAAACUGUAUUGCUCCAGGAUGGACGAAGACGCCCAUGGCAGAAGAAGCUCUCCAGCAACCUAUGACUGUCUAUCGUGCUCUUGCGACAACGCCACUCAAGAAGGUGGCUGAACCCGAGGAUAUUGCCAAUCAAAUCGUGCUCUUAGCGUCAUCGAAGGUCUCAGGGCAUGUCACAGGGCAGGUACUGAUGAUUGAAGGAGGCAUGGAAGGGCGGCUUUUGAAUAUGCCCAAAGAUCUGGAAUUGCCGGGAGAGGUGUGA